UCGAGGAUACUGUUCAUAUCCUCGUCUCGAGUUUCACGGAGUAAAUACCUCGUCGCUCACCUCCCUUUCUCCCUUCUCGCAACCAAAACCCUAAAAGCAGUCCAUCACCAUGGCCUCAUCAUCACCGUCCAACUCAUCAUCAGACCACUCAUUGUUCUCCAUCUCGCUCCUUUCCCUCUACCUGAUCACUCCAAUGACGUUUCUCUCCCUCCAAUUCUUCCAAGCCCCGUACGGCAAGCACUUCCGGCCCGGGUGGGGCCCAUCUUUGCCACCCUCCAUUGCAUGGCCCACCAUGGAAUCACCCACCCUCUUCAUCCCCCUCUCUCUCUUCCCCUUCGGCCAAAACCGCUCCAACCCCAUCGCCGUUGCCCUCAUCUCCUUCUACCUUCUCCACUAUUUCCACCGCACGUGCCUCUACCCCCUCUACCUCAGGCCCGCACGUGCCUCCGCACGUGCAACCUUCCCCCUCAUCAUCGCCUUCUUGGCCUUUGUCUUCAACCUCCUCAACGCCUACCUCCAGACCCGAUGGAUCUCCCACUACGCGGAUCUCGAGAAUCCCGGAUGGUGGUUUUGGGGGCGGUUUCUGGUGGGAUUGGCAGUUUUCGUUAGCGGUUUUGUCUUGAACGUACGGUCGGAUUUGGCUCUGGUGAGGCUGAAGAGGGAGGCAGGCGGAGGGUACAAGGUGCCACGUGGCGGGAUGUUUGAGUUGGUGAGCUGUCCGAACUAUCUGGGCGAGGCGAUAGAAUGGUUGGGCUGGGCGCUGAUGACGUGGAGCUGGGCCGGCCUCGCGUUCUUCCUGUAUACGUGUGCGAAUCUGGUGCCGAGGGCGAGGGGUCAUCGACGGUGGUAUUUGGAGAAGUUCCCGGAAGAGUAUCCCAAGUCGAGGAAGGCGAUCAUACCGUUUGUUUACUGACAGGUUUGAAUCAACGGCUGUGGUGAUGUUUGCAGGUUUUAUUAAAAAUCCUUUGGGAUCCUA